UCCUAUAUAUUUUUUUUUUUCGCUCUCGUCUCCGUUUACCCCUUUUGGUUUUUUCCCUAAACCUUUUCGCUCUUUUUACAAUCAAAUCCUCUUCUAUCUUUCGUUGUUUUGGGUGAAUUAGCUUUGAAAAGGUUCUUCAUCCUUCUCCCUUGGAUUGCUCUGAACAAAAGAUUGACGAAUAAAGACCAUGAAUGGACUUCAUGGAAACAAUGGUGGAAUGCACAUUGGCGUACCUCAGGAUCCAUUGCAUAUGCAGUAUGAACAUCAGGGCUUGCACCAUAUCGAUAAUGGAGACGGUAUGAUGGAUGACCAUACUGAUGGUGGGAUGGAUGAAGGAGUGGAGACAGACAUUCCUUCUCACCCUGGAAACUUAGCUGAUAAUCGCGGUGAAGUUGUAGACCGUGGUAUUGAAAAUGGAGAUCAAUUGACGUUGUCCUUCCAGGGACAAGUUUAUGUUUUUGACCAUGUCUCGCCUGAGAAGGUUCAAGCUGUGCUUCUACUACUUGGUGGACGUGAAGUACCACAGACACUCCCAACAUCCCUCGGAUCACCUCAUCAGAACAAUAGGGUACUGGGUCUAUCUGGUACUCCUCAAAGGCUUACUGUCCCACAGCGGUUAGCAUCUUUGAUCAGAUUUAGGGAGAAACGAAAAGGGAGGAAUUUUGAUAAGACAAUUCGCUACACAGUCAGGAAAGAGGUAGCCUUGAGAAUGCAGCGUAAGAAAGGUCAAUUCACAUCGGCUAAGUCAAGCAAUGAUGAUUCUGCAUCCACUGGAUCGGAUUGGGGGUCAAGCCAGAGCUGGGCCGUAGAAGGGAGUGAGGCUCAGAAGCCAGAGAUUUUAUGUCGGCACUGUGGAACAAGUGAGAAGUCAACGCCAAUGAUGCGACGUGGACCUGAAGGGCCAAGAACACUUUGUAAUGCAUGUGGACUAAUGUGGGCAAACAAGGGGACUCUUAGAGACUUAUCCAAAGUCCCUCCUCCUCAAACACCCCAGAAUCUGCCUGUGAAUAAGAAUGAGGAUCCAAACCUUGAGGCUGAUCAAAUGAUCGGAGUAGCUGGUGACAUGAGCAACUCACAGUGAGAACCGGGUAACCAUUGCAAGUAAGAAAAGAUCUAAAAAAAAACAUUUGUUAUCAUUUCCAUUAUGACGGAAUCGAAUCUGAGUUAGGUUUAGGGUUUCAAUGGGUCCAUAAUCUCGGUUGUAAUCUCUCAGUCUUUGUCAACACAUUUUGAAUCUUUUAUAAACUUUAAGAUUACUCUUCACUUAUUUAGAAGCUGAAAAAAGCCUUUGCUUCA